CUGUGUGUGUGAUUCCGUGGUAGAGACUGCGUGGCGAUUCACCUGCAACGUGCGCUGCAGUCACGUACUGCGAAAUGUCCUGGAAUCUGGUCCAGGCAACCAACUGCAGCAAAUGCUGGAUCGCGAUUGCGAUUGCGCCAGUGAGAGCCGGUCCGCCUCUGUUUCUAUAGGUUAUCAAUUGUUUCUACCGCCAAUGCUUGGGAGUAAUUAUUCCGAUAAGCAUCAGAGGUUAUAUAAUGAUGGGCGUGGUUGUACGCGGCUAAGUGUGAGCCCGCCAGGCAUGUCUUGACCGACCGCGUCGCUGACUAAUCUGCCUGGCCAAAAUUUCCAGCUUGGCCUCGGACGUCAAUCUUGGGUCCUUCGCAUAGCAGGAAUCAAGACUGCUCGAGUUGACUGCCGACCGCAACCCAAUUUGCUUAGAUGACUCUCGAACGUUGGAGGCCAGUGUUGCGCCUCUGGGCGCCCACGCCGUAUGCGACAGCCAUUCGAAACCAGACCAGAUGCCUCCACAGCACGCGCCCUUCGCAUCCGAUACCGUCACCGCGUCCAUUCGUGCCCGACGUGGAAACCUUCCUUACACUGAUUGGCCGUGGCCUGAGCCGAUACGCAUCCAAGUUCCCAUCGUGGGACUCUCUCUUCUCCUUGACCGGCCCUGAGCUGCAGCAACUCGGCAUCGAGCCAACACGCAACCGCCGCUACCUGCUACGAUGGAUGCAGAAAUACCGCAAGGGCGAUCUGGGGCCGGGAGGGGACUUUGAAUAUGUCAAGGAUGGCGAGGCGAUCUUGAAGCUCGCCCUACCGCCUGCGGACCAACUCAAGCAGACCAAGUUCGUGGUCAACGUCCCUCACCCCGAGGCCGAGGUGGCAGAGCCCCCAAAACUCCUACCGCGUCCCAUGGGCUACACUGUCAGGGGCGAGAAGACAAUUGCUGGUCCGUACGCCAUGCCGCUCCCGCAGAGUGGCGUUAGCGUCAAGGUCACCGAGGGAAUGUGGGAACACCGUCGUGGCCGUAAGAUUGAUGGCGGAGAGCGCAGGAGAUCAGAGGUCUUGUUCAAGAAGCGUUCGGCUGAGAGACGGGCACAGCGCGAGGCUGAUUUGCUCUCCAGGCUGUAAGGUUACAUCUGUGUUUAGUAGUCGGCGAUUCUUUGUACAAACACAACGUGUAAUAUUACAUCAAUAGAUGAUGAGCGAUUCAUCGAAAAGAGCAUGGUACUGGGCGGUGUGUGCAUACAUCUCAGCAGCCCAUUCAGUCACUGGCACUGUCUUCG